CAACGAUGCAAGUGGCCACCUGCACCCCAGCCAAUCUUCACAUUACACACAACACUGAGCAGGAGCUCCACUCCCCCUCGGUGAGGGUGACCAACUACCCCCAGACCACCAUCAGGAGAUACGUCGUGCAGAACCCGGACCAGGACAUGUUCCUCAGAGGGGCCAAUUUCAUCCCCGGAAACAAUGUCAUCUACGAAAAGACCAUCAGGAAAGUCGAGAAGCUGAAUCCUGAGGAAUGCCACCCCCAGCUCCAGUGCCAGCGUCAGGUGGUCCAGCAUUGUGCCCAGGCUCAGCACGGCGCCCAGCACAGUCAAGUCCACCCCGGGAGCAGCUCGGGCUCCGGCCAGGCCGUGAUGGAGCUGUGGAGCGACCAUCACAGCCACCGCCACCACCAGGGUACCAGCUUGCAGGACGUUGAUUGCGGCCCCGAGAAGCUGGACCCCAAGUAUUUUGGGGAGCUGCUUGCCGAGCUGAGCCGCAAGAAUACCGACCUGUACCGCUGCCUGUUAGAACACGUGGAGAAAAUCGGAGGAAGGAAGCAGGAAUUCGGCUCGGAGACGCAGGACGUCGAGUCGCUGAUCCCCAAAGGUCUCUCCGAGUUCACCAAGCAGCAGCUCCGCUACAUCCUGCAGAUGAUAGGGACGUCGGACAAGUCCCACCGGCUGGUCCUGUCCACCUUCAGCAGCCUGCGGGAAGAGCUGGGCCACCUGCAGCACGACCUCACGGCCCUGGAAAACGACAAGAUCACCCUGGAGAAAAGCCUGGCUUUCAAAGACACGCAAAUAAAGGAGUAUGAAGCUCUCCUGGCGUCGGUGAGAGCCAACAACCGCCAGCAGCAGCAAGGACUCCAAGAUUCCAGCACAAAGUGCCGCAAGCUGGAGGAAACCAUCCUCUGCCUCCGGCACGCCCAGUCGGACGCGGAAUAUCGCCUGAAGGAACUGGAGUACGGCAAACGCAACCUGGAGCAGGAGAACAAGAACCUCAGAAUUCAGGUCACGGACACGUGCACGGGCCCGACGCUCCAGGCCAAAAUCGAUGAGAUCUCCAGCCACUACGUGGAGAUGGUCAAGAACCUGAGAGCGGAGAAGGACAGAGAGAUCUGCAAGCUGAGGACCCAAAUCAACCAGCUCCAGAAGGACGUCUCCCGGAGAGAGGGGAGUGGCGGUGACUUCCAGAUGAAGCUUCAGGAGCUGACGAGCAUGCUGGAGGAGAAAAACGCUGUCAUCAGACAGCAGAUGGAGGAACUCUCCAGGCUGAGGCAAGAGAUUUCUUCCUCCUCCUCCUCCCUGGGAUGCUCGAAGAAAACCUUCACCACCACCAGGAAGUAUAGAACCCAGUACCCUAUCCUGGGUCUCCUGUAUGAUGAUUACGAAUACAUCCCGCCAGGCAAGGACAGAGAGACCAUCGUCAUCGAAAACACGGAGGAUAAGUGGAUCUGCCCGUGAAGACCCCACUGCCCAGAGAAGUUCCCGUCCAAACAACUGCACCGUCGGCCCGCCUCUUCCUCUUUCCCCAUCUGCUAAUAUUCCGGCCGCUUCCACGGCCUCCAGCCGCCCAACCGUUCACUCCCAGCUUCCUCCGUGAGCGGGGCCGGUCAGCGGUGGUCCAGGAAGCUUCCCGAAAUUGGGAUAGCUGCGGCCGCUGAUUCCUUCACAGGAUUUCCUGGGCGGCGGGGACUCUGGCCCUUUAAGAACUCCUGCACCCAUUCUAAUCACCAUUUCUUUAGACCGCUUGGGAGAGGGGAAGCCUUCGGAGAAAAAAAAAGAAACCGAUUUAUGUAGGUUUCUUUCCCACGCAUCAAGCCUUGGGAUGGAAGGAAGGGAUUAAUGUAUCACCUACUCACGUGUUUAAUCACGCUUCUGCUUGGGCUUAGCGGGCAAUGGUGGACUAUAUUAUUUAGCAGACGAAUAGGAUAGUGGUUUAAUGCCUCAUAAAGGAACCUUGUAAAAAUAAAUACACAAUAUUAGGCUGUAGAAAGCUGGCCCUAGCUGUAAACUGUAGGAGUUUCUGGUGACAGACUGUAGCAAGUCCUUCCCCUUACUGUUCCCCACACUACGUAACAGGGUGAUGCCCUCUUCAAGGGGAAAAAACAAACAAACCCUCCAAUCAAUUAAAAAACUGUUGAUCUA